AGUUUCUGCUUAGAACGAUGGCGAUGAGAGAGGAAUAUGAAAACGGACAGACUAUUGUGAAAAACACAGACAACCUUCUGCAAGAAAAUGAGUUGUUAGAUUAUAUUGUAAAGGUGGAAGAUGAAAACUUUCGAUGUCACCGUGUUAUUCUGGCAGCGUCGUCACAUUUCUUCAGAGCACUUUUUAGAUCAAAUAUGAAGGAAGAGAAAGAUGGUUGUGUAACUCUAAAUGGGGUACGAGCUUCGGCGUUUCAAAUUAUUUUAAACUGCCUAUACAGCGGAAAAGUUGUUUUAACGUUAGACAAUUUUGUAGACAUAUGGCAGGCAGCAGAUGAACUACAGAUAGAUUUUAUUGUACAAAACUGUGAGGAUUUCGCAAAAAAGGCUACGUCUCUUGAAAAUUGGGAGCACAUUUUUGAAACAGCCCUCCGUUUUAGCUCUAAAAAUGCAUUCAGUAUUUGUAAGACAUUUUUGUUAAAAAACUUCGACGCCGUAAGUGGUUCAAAAACGUUAAUGGAACUUGACUUUAACAAAUUCUACGAAUUGAUUGACUCUGAUUAUCUUGAAGUGAGUUCUGAGGAUAAAGUUCUGGAUACGGUAAUGAAGUGGGUUGAGUAUGUCCCUGAAGAAACCUUCAAUGGUGAAGAGAAUGAAAGGGAGAAUGAAAGAAAAAGACCUCAGGUAUUGACAACAUUGUUGAAGUCUGUGAGGACGUGUCUUGUGAGUACACCUCUUCUAAAACAUCUGCUAAAACAUAGAUUGAUACUCAGCGUUACUGAAACUAGAGAUAUUUUGAUUGAUGCUGUGUUGUAUAAGACGACACAUUAUAACAACGGUCAAUGGCCAACAGCGGCUACACAUCGUACCUGUAGUGAAUUUGAACACUGUGGAGUUACAUUUUGCAAUGCCCAAUUUAUUAUCAUAACUGCUAUACAUAAAAAAAUACUUAAGUGUGCAGAAAAUAAUAUUGUAACUUUAGAUAUAGCCUGUGUUGUGUAUGACUCCGAUUUAUACGCUACUGGUGUCAAACAUCAAUCUAAUUCAACCAGCACUCUAUGUGUUUUAAGCAACAAAUCGUGGAACAAAAUUGCUGAAGUUAAAGGUCGUCAGUUAAUUUUAGUGUCAUGCAAUGAUGCCAUUUUUGUUCUGAGCAAAAUUAAAUCGACAAUUUAUUCAAUAACAAAGAAAAAUAGCAUCAUAAAAGUCGAAAAGUUUGCAAAAUUGCCUAACACUUUAAGCGUGAAACACGCAACACAUUAUCAGAAGAUGAUACUCAUUUUUUGCUCAAAUAAAAUCAACCAAGAGGAAAAAACAAUUGUUUAUCAGCUGGACAUUCUAACAAAGAAAUUAACAGAGUUAGAACAAUUGAAUGGACCAGCAGAACAGAUGAUAAGUUUCAGUGAUGACAGCAACACUUACAUUCUACAAACUAAUGGAGAAAUGUGGAAAAUAUUGUGUUCAUCAAAAACAAUGUAUUUUGAAAAUGUUGGAUUUCUGUGGAGUGGAGAGAAAGAGCUGUGCGGCGCUCUGGUCUACAAACAAACGCUGAUCAUUUGUUACCAAAGUUCAACAAUUGAUACACGAAACAAAAAAUUUUCUAUAGAUUAUUUUACGAAAAUAGUGUAUUGGGAAAUGAAUGGAAACUGCUCAAACAUGGUUCCAGCAAUUCUUCGAAAAAGUGAACUGCGACCCGCACGUCGGCGCAUGACUAAAAGUUACAUACAAAAUUGAUGACAUCACCCAUGUGUUAAAUUUUCUUCAAAUCUUAAUGUAUUAAGAUUUUAUUGCGAUUAUGUUUUUGCUCUC